AUGCUGUUGGAGGCGGAGUGCACAUCGGGGGCGGGGCAGGGGCACUACUGUGAAGGGGUACUUGUGUUUGACAAGUGUUCUGUGCUUUUGGACCUGAAAAACCUGUCCUUUAAGGAGAGGCGGAAACUGAAGUUGUCUGUGACAAAAAAUGGAGGAAGCAUUUGUUACGUGGUCACAGAGCAAUGCUCCUUUGUCGUGGUCAGCAACGUAUCACACCUAAGCACCAACAGGCUGCACAGAAUCCACAAGUUGCAAACACCAGUGGUGGGGGUGGAAUAUGUGCAUAACUGUCUGGAGAAAGGAAUUCUCUUGCCUGUGGAGGACUACAAGCUUGACCUGUCCACCCUCGAUUCACCCUCUUACAUGCCUCCUCUCCCCUCAACUCAGCCAAAACCAUUCAAAAAUGAAGUGAGCAGAGACGUCGUGGAGCCUUCCAAGGAUGAAGCCUGCCUUCCUGAUAAGAGUGAAAGCAUACCGGACACGUUCAGGAUUCAUACAGUACAGGAUGAAGAUCUUCCAGCAUACCCGGACGACUUCAAUGUGGCCAAGUAUUCCAUCUUUCAUAAGGAUGACAGCAGAACUUGGUGUGUGCUGGAGCUGCAGAGCGCCAAGGGAUACAAAGGGCGGCAGUACCGUGUCAUUGCCUACUGGAAAGAUCGCACCGAACAACAUGACAUUGUGACAUUCCCCUCAACUUCCGAGCUGGCUGUUGAGGUCUACCAGAAUAUGAUUGACAGCCUGCUUUCUUCGGGUCAGUGCUUAUGGACCGGUAGCCCCCCAAACGACCAGAACCUGGGAUCGUACCCGCUGCAGCAGCUGCUGCUGGAGGAAAAGCUUAACACAAGAUCCUUGUCACAAGACAUGGCUGUCUUUGUGGAGCUGCUUUGGACUGAGGCCUUGGGUUGCCUUGGUGACGUUCUUCGAGUGCCUGUUCAGAAGCUGAGCCUCAAUGAUGUGAGCAGAGCAGAGGGCUUGUUGAUUCAGGCUCAAGAAAAACUAAAUGUGGCACAGCAUGUCACAGCUCUCGAGCUUCUGAAUGAAGUUUACACACUGCUGCCACACAGAAAACCUAAUACAGCUUGCGAUGCAAAGCUUAUCUCCCAAAAACUGGACCUCUGUCAGUUAAUUCGAGACAUCCUGAACAUGAACGAGAUGAUGCUUAAAAGCCCCACCCUUUCCAGCUUUGGCAAGUUUCGCGCCCUGAGGUGCAGUAUUGAAGUGGUAGAGCCCGACUGCUCUGAAUACACCACUGUGUCGUCUCUGCUCCAAGACAGAGCCGUGCAUAUCCAUCAGGUGCUCCGUGUCAGUAGAGCGGUGGAACUUCAGACCUUUAACAGCAAGCUCGGCAACGUCAAGUCCCUCCUUCACUCCUCCAGUCCCAGCAACUUUGUCGGAAUUCUGUCGCGUGGUUUGCUGUUACCUUGUGUUGGAGUGAUGAAGCAUGGGAUUGUACGAACAGAUGCUGGCCGUCUUGGAAAUGGCAUAUACUUCACCAAUAGCAUGAGCACAUGCCUAAAAUACUCAAAGCCCAGUGCCACAGACGGCUCUCGGCUGCUGCUGGUGUGUGACGUAGCCCUGGGGCACAGCCGUCAAAUGAGAGACCUCGUAAUUGGUGAGGCCCGUAAAAUGGACCGCAUCCACGACGUGGCCGAAGUCAACUCUUUGUUUAUGGGUGAUGAGUACAUGGUGUACAGUCCCGACCAGGUCAUGCUAAAAUAUGUCGUCCGGUUCAGCCUUGAUGGAGACGAACUGAAGGCAUUCAGUCCAGCUGUAGAUACCUCGGUUGAGACUACUCCAACCCCUUCUAGCUCAGUGGCCUUUCCUGAUGAUGAUGAUAGCUUUGGAAGCAUAAUAACCGGAUUGGACGAUGUGACUUCAGGACUGUUAGACAGCUCAGGCCAGCAGCUCCCCCUGCUGGCCGUGCACAUUAAGUGCAAGUUGAUCGAUUUGCUUUCUCAUGUCAUCAUCUUCCAAAAGUAUACCAACCUAAGCAAUGUGCCAAUUGAGGCAAAGUAUGUCUUCCCUUUGGAUGAAUAUGCAGCCGUGUGUGGCUUUGAAGCCUUCAUUAAUGGAAAACAUGUGGUGGGGCAGGUAAAGGAGAAAGAGACGGCCCGUAAGCAGUACAAGCAGGCUAUAGAGAAGGGCCAUGGCGCCUACCUCAUGGACCAGGACGCCCCUGACGUUUUCACCAUCAGCGUUGGCAACCUGCCAGCAGGCGCCAGCGUGCUCAUUAAAGUGACCUUUGUGUCCGAGCUCAUCAUCAAGGACGGGAGCAUUUUCUUUUCCCUGCCGGGAAGUGUUGCACCGUGGCAGGAAAGUGCAGCGCUCAACCAAACAACGCAGGUGACUGUGCAAAAAGUGUGUGUGACGGAUGAUGCAGCCAGUACAAGAGAAUUUAGCCUGGACAUGUCCAUUGAGAUGCAGAAUGAGAUCAGCAGCCUGCAAUGUAUUACACAUGAAGUCAAGAUAAAGAGGACUGACUGCAAGGCUGUGGUGAGGGUGCUGCCGGGGCAAGUUAUGUACCCAGAAGGAUUCCAGCUGUCAGUCACUCUGUCGGAUGUUCAUCUACCCAGGAUGUGGGUGGAGGAACACCCUGACAAGGACAGCCAGGCCUGCAUGUUAGUUUUCUACCCCAAGUUUGACAUCAAACCCACUUCCGGAUCCAAUGAAGUUAUCAUUUUGCUUGACACGUCCAAGUCCAUGAAUGGAGACCUUCUUUUCCAUGCCCAGAAGAUUGCACUGCAUACCAUCAAAACCCUCAAGGGCGACUGGAAAAUCAACGUCUUCUUGUUUGGCAUAGAUCAUAAACAAGCUUUCCUGACAGCGCAGCCACUUGAUAAAGCUCGACAGGAUGCUCUAAAGUUUGUACAGGAAAUCUCGCCAAUGGGGGGCACCACUGAGCUUUGGCGGCCCCUGCAAGCCCUUGCUCUCCUGCCUCCAACCUGUGGCUUCCGCAAUCUUUUCCUGCUGUCCGAUGGUCACAUCCAGAACGCCAACACUACUUUGCAGUUGCUCAGGGACAAUGUUGAGCACAGCCGCCUCUUCGUGUGUGGCCUCAGUUCUACAGCCAAUCGGCACAUGCUGGGGGCCCUGGCCCAGGCAGGGUGUGGAGCUUAUGAAUAUUUCAAUGCCAAACAAAAGCACAAGUGGGCAGAGAAGGUGGCUCGUCUGGUCAGGCGCAUGGAGUCUCCUGUCUGCAGUUCAGUUUCAGUGAAGUGGCAGCAGUUCACCCGAUCGGCACCCCCUCCUGUGCAAGCCCCCAGGCAGCUCCAUGCUCUCUUCAAUGACUGCCACACGCUGGUCUAUGGCUUUGUGCAAAACUGUACACAGGCCACCCUGUAUGGAAACCUAAGUGGUCAAGAGCUGACAACUAUGGUGUCCACCAGUGAACUGCAGAAGACCAGGGGCACGUUUCUUCACAAGCUCACCGCAAGAGCUCUCAUCAGAGACUACGAGGAUGGAAACUUACAUUCCAAUGAAGCUGAACAUGAGAGCGAGAAAAGCCAGUUAAAGUCCUUCAUCAUUGAUUUAAGCAAAGAGUUCUCAAUUCUGUCCCAGUUCACCAGCUUUGUGGCCAUUGAAGAAAGGGAGCCGGUUCAGGCAGAGCAGGGCUUCACAGACAUCCCCAAGCUAUUGGCAGAAGAGGAUGUAGAUAUCCUUCCCUACAUCGACUGGACAUCUUCUCAGGCUGACGGAGAAGUGGAUGAGGAUUUUGCUUUAUGGGGCAUCCAGAAAUCUUUGGGAGCGUGUUGGGACAACAUAAUGGAACCACCUAACAUUUUGGCAUCAGAUGAGGAUGAAGAAAUCCUUCCCUACAUCAAGUGCGAAUCUUCUCUGGCUGACGUAGAAGAAGAAGAGGGUUUUGCCGAAAUGCCUCUGCACCGCAUCCAGUCAGAAAAGAAACAACCAGACAUUCGCUGGAAAGCUUACCUCUCCCUCCAGCAGACAGCCCAUCAGUUUUUCAUCCAGUAUCUCUUGCUGUACAACCUCCACUUGGCAGCUCAUUAUUGGUUCCUCCAUCACCACAUACUGGCAGUCUAUCAUUUGUUGCUCUCCCACCACCACCACCACCACCACAACAACUUCACAGUGACUAUGUAUUCAGAGGCUAGCUUUGAUAUGGUACCACAAAUAUGGAACUGGUCAAAAAUCUUCCAAAUGCAGAUUUCAGAUGGCUUCUGGGAGUUGACUGGAAAACUGGCCAAGUUUGUUGACAUGGACCUGGAUGUCUUUGUCAAUGAGUUCCUUGAAAGUAAAGGUAUCCGCUCUCUAGGUGUAAAGGCCCGCGCUGACAUUCUGAGGCUCCUGGCGACUCUCCUAGUCCUGCAGAUGAUGCGUUUGGCGAAGCUUCCAGAAGGUGUACUACUGCGUACACUCUUCUGUCUGGAGGAUGCUCCUGUCAGGCCAAACCAUUGGCAGGAAGUGAAGAAGGCAGUGGACUGGGCCCGCUGGGCCGACCGCCAGUACCCGUGCAUCUGUAGCCGCCUGGAGUUCGGUUUAACUUGGGAGUCAGCAACCCGCCAACUACUGGGUCAUGAUGACAUCCCCGCCUUCUCACCCCUUGCCGGCCUAAAACUGAGGACGAAUAUGUCUGCUGCCCUCGACUCUGUGGUGGUCAGCUAA